AUGGGUGCUUUGGUAAGAUGUCAGAUAUUAGUGGGCUUAGCGAGGCCGGAGGUCUUCGUUCGGUUAGCAUGGGGUUGGCGCGUAGGGAGGAGGAAGUUAAGUGCACAGUCAGAAAGAUUUGGUCCCUACUUGACCGGAACAAACUUGGCUGGCGGUCUCGCCAUUGCCCUUCUUGUCCCAUUUAUAUACCAAAUUAUCUACUAUCGAUUUUUCCAUCCUCUAAAGGACUUUGAUGGACCUUUUUGGGGAUCAGUAACCAGACUCUGGCACACAUAUCAGAACAUAAGGGGUAUUGAAUUAGAGACUUAUGACCGCUUGCUCAAGGAAAAGAAUACAACCAUCCUUCGAAUUUCUCCGACUGAGCUAUUGAUCCCCUCAGCUCUCUCUCUUCCACACAUUUACCAUCGUCAGGCUGUUAAGACAAAAUGGUACGUGACUGGUGCACUUGGCCCUGGAGAGUCAGUCUUCAACAUGCAACAGCACUCUCAUCACGCUCAUUUCCGUCGCUUGAUUGCUGGACCGUACUCUAUGUCUAAGAUGGUCAAGAAUGAACCUCUCAUUGAUGAUAUUAUCAUCGCUUGGAUCAAAAAACUAGACGAAAUGUUUGCUCAACAAAACAAAGCCUUUGACAUGUCAAGAUGGGCUACUUUUGCAGCUUUUGACGUUAUCAGCUUGGUUGGAUUUGGAGAGGCCUUUGGAUUCGUGGAUACUGCUACUGACGUUGACGAUUUGAUCGAAGAACUCCACAAGGGCUUCUUCUAUUUCGGUAUUGUUGGAAGAAUGUACCCAUUUGUUGAGUUCAUCAAGAAGACUUGGCUUGGACGAUUCCUUGUCUCUAACGAAAAGGACAAGGGAGGAAUGGGGUUCUUGAUCAGAUGGACAAACAGAAUUAUGAAAGCUAGACAGAAGGAAAUUGCUGAAGGGAAGAACAAUGACAGAGUUGAUCUGUUACAAUCAUUCUAUGAGGCCCGUGAUGCCGAUGGUCAACCACUCACCGAAGAUCACAUCCGAGCCGAAUGUAUGCUCUUAUUCACAGCUGGUGCCGAUACUACCGGAACAACCAUGGGAGCAAUGAUGGCAUACCUCCUUUCCAAUCCAACUGUCUACGCCAAAAUGAUUGGUGAAAUCGACGCUGCUUUCGAACGUGGUGUAUUAUCUAGUCCCGUUCCAGCUGCAUCAGAGGUUUCCAAAAACUGUCCAUACUACGUUGCCUGUGUCAAAGAAUCCCUGCGUUUAUGUCCUUCGGCUCCUAAUAUUUUUCCCCGUCUCGUUCAAGCUGACCAUGCUCCUCUUGUAAUCGAUGGAAAAACUAUCCCGGUCGGAACUGAAGUUACCAGCACAGCUUAUAUGGCGAACCGUGAUCCAGCAGUCUAUGGAAAAGAUGCGGAGGAAUUCAGACCAGAAAGAUGGUUGGAAGAUGACGGGGAGGCCGGUAAGGUUUUCGAUAAAUAUCUUGCUACUUUCGGAUAUGGUACCCGCAGUUGUUUGGGUAAAGAUCUUGCUAUGAUUGAAUUGAUGAAGACUCCUUUGAUGUUUUUCCGCGCAUUUAAUCCACGACUGUGUCUCCCAAGCAAGGAGACCCCAUCACCAAAACGUAUUUUGGUUGGUGCUAUGUUUUAUUGGGAUGAUAUUUGGAUGAAGCUUGAGAAGAGAGAAAUUCCUGGAUUUCCUUGGUAA